AUGGCUGAUUACAAGUUUGAAGGUUGGUUGGGCCAUAGCCCCGAGGCGGCGAACGGGAAGAUGGAGUGGGGUUCUUUUGAGCCUAAGAAAUGGACUGAAGACGACAUCGAUAUUGAGAUUUCACAUUGUGGAGUCUGUGGCUCUGAUGCUCAUACCCUGCGGUCUGGUUGGUCUGCCACGAACUACCCUUGCUGUGUCGGACAGUACGUGUUCCUGAGUCUCUCGGUGCUCUCGGCCCAAUGUCAAGACGAUGACACAAACCUUGAUGCUGAAAUUGUCGGCAAGGCGGUGCGUGUUGGCAACAACGUCAACCACGUCAAAAUAGGUGACCGGGUCGGUGUUGGCGCGCAAAGCAGAACUUGUCAGGAGCCAGACUGCCCCGAAUGCUCUAGUGGCAAUGAUACCUACUGCACGCGCGUAUUCGUUAAUACCUACGGCUCUGUCUAUCCCAACAACGAAGGAAAGUCUUAUGGCGGUUAUGCAACCCACAACCGAUCAAAUAAACAGUUUGUGGUUCACAUUCCGGAAGGACUGAGCUCGGCCGAUGCGGCACCAAUGUUGUGUGGCGGUGUUACAGUAUACUCUCCACUGAGGCGGUUUGGAUGCGGCCCGGGCAAGAAAGUGGGCAUCGUUGGUGUUGGUGGACUUGGCCACUUCGGUGUUCUCUUUGCCAAGGCUAUGGGUGCCGAGAAGGUCGUUGGUAUCUCUAGGAAGAGCUCAAAGCGAGAUGAUGUUCUGAAGCUUGGUGCGGAUCUGUACAUUGCCACAGACGAGGAUGAGAAUUGGGCCAAAGAACACAGACGAAGCUUGGACCUGAUCAUCUGCACUGCUAGCAGUUCGAACAUGCCGUUAGACAAGUACUUGGGCAUUCUGAAGAGAGGAGGGGACUUUGUCCAAGUAGGUGCGGCCGAUGGCGGCGAUUUCCCCAAGAUCGACGUAUUCACGCUCCUCUGCAAUGGUAUCAAGAUAUCUGGUAGCUCUACCGGUGCUCCGUGGGAGAUCAAGGAAAUGUUGCAGCUCGCUGCGGACAAGAACAUCAAACCUUGGAUCGAGGAACGGCCCAUGAAAGAGGCCAACCAGACGGUCAUUGACUUGGAAGAAGGCAAGCCGCGGUAUAGAUAUGUCUUGGUGAACGAGAAGCCUGGUCAAAACAAGUUGUAA